GUAAGUAUAAAUGUGCUUGCCCGUUCACUCAUCAUGAACAUAAACCUUGUAGCUGUUAAGCAGCACACUUGUGGAUUAAAGACAAUUUUUAGUUGGAACGAAUUUUAAGGAUUAAUCAAGGAUACCAUGAAACUAUUUUAUUGUUGUUUGUUUGCGGGAGUUUUUUGUUUGGCAUUGGCAGAUGUUAAACAUGUUAAUGUUAAAGAAAGUGCUGUGGAGAAAAAAGUAGAUGCGGUUGCUACAGAUAAAAGCAGUGACUCUAAACCAAAAAGAGAUGCAUCUCAUUUGAGUGGUGUUUACCAUGGUCCUUCAUAUAAAUACUUGCCCCCGUCAUCGAUUUCAUCUUCGUACGAUUCAUACUCAGGAAGUCUAGGUAAUUCUGCAGGAUAUUCCGGUGGACAUAUUUCUGGUGUAGGAGGUGGUUACAGUUCGGGUGGUAUUGGUAUUGGUCGUGGUCAUAAUCAUGUCGGAUUUUCUUCAUCUGGUCAUUAUAAUAGCGGUGCUUCCCAUGGCCUUGGCUAUGCCCCUGCAUCAAGUUAUCAUGGUAGUGGUCAUCAUGGCUUAGGUUUUACCUCUUCUGGUCAUUAUGCUGGUCAUGGAGCCAACCAACACUCCGGAGGUUUUAAAGGUGGUGCUGGUUCUCAUAGCGGUGCUGCUUUUGGACAUGGUGACUUUUCCGCAGUUCGUCCCCAUUCUUACGCCGUCGGCCAUGGUUAUAGUUCAUCGGGAUCUAGCACUUCUGGCUUAGGAUACAAAUCGCACUCACAUAAUUUAGGUGGAGCAAAUGCAGGUUCGGGUUCGGGUAGCGGUUAUCAUUAUUCUAAGGGUAUUAGUGGAUCUUUCCCUGCUCCAUCAUCUUCUGGAUUUGGAUCUGCUCAAGGAUUUAGUAGCUCUCAUGCAUCUGGUUUGGCUGAAGUUCACCAUGGCGAUCAUGUUCAUAAUGGUGGCCAAGAACAUAUUUAUGUAAUUUCCAAUGGACCUUCCGGUUAUGGUAAUUCUCAUGGUGCGGUUUCUGUGGGUCAUGAAGUGCCAACUGGUUCAUAUUUACCACCCGUCCAACAACAUCCACUACCUUCCAGCAGUUAUGGUGUGCCCAUUUCAACCGUAGGGGAUUCAUACAACACUAAAUAUCACUCUCAACAAUCUGCAGUUAUAGAACACGGCCCAGCUUAUGCUGCUGGUCACAAGGGUUUGGGUCAUUUCGGUUUUGCUGCAAGUAAACCUCAAGUGUUACAUACCAGCAUUACGGGAUCUGGUUUCAAGCAACCUUCUUAUUCCAAGGCUCCUUUUAAGCCAUCUGAAUUCUUAGGUGCCAAAUAUGAAGGUGCCGCCCAUAACGAUGCUCCCGGCCAGCAAUAUUUGCCUCCAUCAGGUGUAGGAAGUGACACUACAGGCUAUGAUUAUUCCAUACCUUCUGGAUCAUCUGUAAGUUACCCAGAACCUAGUUAUCAACAGACUGUGGAAGUGCAAUCAACAUCUGUCCAUGAACCAGACUCUGCUUAUCUACCCCCCAAUAAUAACGAGGGUUCUUUUAAUGAACUACCUUCUGCUCCUAGCGGCAAUUACUUGCCACCCAGCAAUAGCUACGGAGUUCCCUAUUCUCAUUAGGUAAAAUUUAAUACAUAUUUUACCUUAAAUUAUUGUUAUUAUUAUGUUUAAACUAAACCUAUUAACUCUUUCCCAAUCCUUUUAGUUCAUAUAAUUUAUUGCAUUUAUCUAGUAUGUUUAAACAAAUUUCUUUCAUGCAAAUCAAAAAUGUAUUAUAAGUUAAGAAAAAUAAAACUUGUACAUACUCGUAGUAAACAAAUAAA